GUUUAUGAUCUUUAGGAUGAGUCUUAGGUAAAUUCAUAAAAUCUUUGAGCAGGUGGUGGCGGCUCGGCCGAGCGAUUGUGGCUCUGAUGCCGUUUGGAGGGGCCCGUCAAUUCGGUGACGCCUAGCAACACCAACAGAGAGAGCCGCAACUGGGGCACAAGAAGCCCACUCGAGCACAUCAAAGAAUCUCAAUUGAGGGUAAAGUGCAAUCUAAUUCGAGGCAUCAAAGAGUAUUCCAUCACAUGUAUCCUCCGACCUUCUCAUCCUUUCUUUGAGUGCAAAUGCCACAGCUUUUUGACUCGGUCACAUAAUGCUCUCACCUUCUGUUUCCUCUCUACCACACAUUAACCUCUUCUUCAUCUCCUUUUCUCACAGACUUGAACGAUUUCCUUUUAUCUCUUCUUCAACUUUUCCACGGUUUUCUCGUCACUCGUCAAAUGCUUCGUCCCUUUUACGAUCCCCGUCCAUCAUCAGGUCUCGCUGAAUCACUCACGCCCUCUUGACUUCAAGGUCUGACGUCUUACCAGUCACCCAUCAUUUACCAACAUCACCACGACCAUGUCGCCAGGAUCAGAGUCAGUGACUGAAGAUGCGACAGACCAUGUCGAGACACCUCCUGCAAAGAGAGCCAAGUCCAAAAAGCCAGGUAUCUCCAAAGAUGACACCAACGCUAUUCGAGAGAGACGAGAAGCCGCCAUCGCUCGAAUUCUUCCCGACACCAGAAAUCAUCCUGCUCUGUACAGAGGCGUCGUUGAGCAGAUUGAGCGGAAUAAUCUUCGGUAUGGAUGGGCAAGAACUCAGCUCAAUAGCACCUUCCAGCAUUGGAUCAAGGUCUCCAACCGGACUGCUCGACCUGAACUGGAGUGGUUACUUGCUGCACUGGCAGUUCAUGCGUCCUUCGAGCCAUUGAGUCUCAAGUUCAUGGAUGAGGUUAAAAAGCGCGGACUUAAGGAAUGGGCAGAGAAACAGCUCAAGAAAAAAGACCCCUUCUCUUCAACUCCUGUUCCAGCUGAGCCAACGACACCUCAGCAAGCGCCUCAGAUCAAGGCUGAGCCUGGAAUUGAGUCUCGCAGACUGCAGACGACUCCUGGAGGAGCAAGACCUGGACAGGGAAACAGUACCGUUCUUCCAUCGAUUGAGACUGGUGCUGGCGGUACCCUGAAGCGAACUGCUUCCAUCCACCCAGCCCAACCUGCAAACAAACGAGCAAACACGCACGUGGACCAGGCAUAUGUCACUGCUGAGAUCAACAGACUCGCAGAACUUCACGCUUCACAGCGACGAACCGUCCUCCGAGACCAAGGCACGCAGACAGAUAGCGAAACUCCUGUCCAGGCAAUCCUUACAUCAAUGCAAGAGGCUAUGGGAGCCAUGAAAGAACAGUCCGAGGGGCUCAAGGAACAAGUUCGACUGCUUCAAGAACACAACAUGUCACUCUUGGAACACGACCGAGCGCUUGCUGAUGUAUCCGGAAGAGUUCGUGGUGUCAGUCAGCUGAGACACACUAGCAACAUUGUCCAUCAUCAGAUCCAACCUCAGGCUGCUGAGAUCGUUGCGCUGCAGUCGGUGAGCCGUCAGCCGCCAACAUACUACUACGAAUCCCCUCGCGAUUCCAGCAACAUGUUUAGAUUUGGAUAGGUUGGCUAAUGCGAGAUGAGGGAGGAUGGGAAUUCAUCAAGAAUGGAGUUGGGGUAUGGGAAGGGAAGAACUUUUGCUUUUGGAGUUUGGAGGCCCAGAUUCUGAUGGGAGAUGGAUGAAAUUGGAGUUUGGGUUUAAGGUAUGGAAGCUGCCAAGGAUGCAUUUGCAGCACCAGCGUGGAAAGUGUGAGCUACAACAGCCACACUCUAUUAUGCCAUAGAAAGUACUUUACAAUGUCUGGAAUAAUUGUUUUAUAUUAAGUUCAUCGACAGUGCUUUACUUGUA